AUGGACAGUCAAUACAGUCAAAUUCACAUGCAACGUCCGAGAACGGUACUGUACGCGCCGACUUGGUUGCAAGACAAACUCCCUGUCGACGACAUCGAUGUAGGGUUACAACAGCUUCCUCCACUUCCCGACGAUGAAGUUGCUAUUCAACAAUCUAGCUCUCAUUUGAUUUUGACGCGAAACAAACAGCAAAAAACCCAGCCCGUUUGGACUGACAUGGGUCUUGAAACUUUAAUUCAACAAUAUCUCGACAGCGAGGAAAUCGACAAAAUAGAGGUUUACCAACACCAAUACUCAUAUUUUAAGUCCAAAAAGAACAAUGAAACAGAGCGACUGCCAAUGCAAUUCCAGUUAGAAGCCAAUCGUCGUCAUCAAUCCGAAACCUCCAAUGUUCGUGCUUUUCGGUAA